CAAUUACAAAGUCACAGCUAGGUGCCAGAGAAAUCGAUCGCCCGCAGAAGCUCCCAACUGAACGAGCGCCAUGGAUCAUGACGGGAACCAAACGGUGACGUUGCGCGUAGUGAGCGGUGACGAAGAAGGCCGGAAGAAGGUGGAGAAGACAAAGGUCAACACCCACAACAUCGACACUCUCAAGAACGCAGAGAAGAAGCUGGUGGACAAGGGGUUGCAGCGCAUGGACCGCCACCCGGCUAAUGGGAUCGGCAUCGGCCGCGGGCCCCCGAAGUCCGGCCACGGCGGCAAGUACACGUGGGAAGGCCCCGACGACUUGAUCCACUGCGAGCUGUCGGCGGUAGCGCUAGCCAUUGACGAGAAGGACCCCAACUACGUGGAGGGGGGGGGGGGGGGGGGGCCGGCGGCGGAUGUGAGGGGACUGGUGGUCGGGGAGGUUGAGGUUGCCAAGGCUGCUGAGAUCAGAGAGGGGGUCGCUAGAAUCGAGGUUGAUCCUCAUCUUAGGGUUAAAUUUUUGAAAUAGUUGUAAGUUUGUGCUUUGCGCCAUGGGUAGUGCUCUGUGCAUUCAAGACUAAUGCGGUUUUACUGUCCAUUUUUUUUUUUGGUUGGGAUUGUACUAUCAUUAAAAUAGUAAAAUAGUCCUCCGUCAGUUUAUUUACCUGUCUCUAUUAGGAUUAUACGAAAGGUGGAUUGUCACACCAUCUUUUACUUGAUGACUUUGAUUUUCACCUCAAUAAAUAUAAUCUUACCUAUAUUAUCCUAUAAAA